AACACACUAACAAUACAUAAUAACCUAGAAAAAUAGAAGGAAACCCAGCAAAUCACCACAAGGUAACCCGGAGAUAAGACUCGGCUUCAGAACACGAGAGAGCGAGAGAGGAAGAGAGACGAGAGGAAGGGAGAACGCACACCGCUUCACAUUUUUCACUAUAAUGGCUAGUGGUCUGGGAGGUCAGCUGGUGCGGCGAGGAUUUCAGAGGUCAGUGGGCGGUCCGUGGAAUUAUGUGGCAGGUCGCCGAUGUGACCCGACCCACCCCACCUCACCCCCCUUCAAAGUUACGGCCCCAGCGACAGGCCAGGUGCUGUGUGAGGUGGGGGUCGGCAAGGAGGAGGUGGACAGGGCUGUGAGGAGUGCCAAAGAUGCCCUGCCUGUCUGGAGCAAGCUAAGUGGGCGGGAGCGAGGCCAGAAGUUAUUGGAAGCUUGUCGUAUUAUUAGAGAGAAUUUGGAAGAUAUCUCUCGGCUGGAGGUUCAAGACACCGGCAAGCCAAUAUGGGAAGCUCGUGUAGAUAUUGGGUCCUGCGCUGAUGCUCUUGAGUACUACGGUGGUCUGGCCCCGGCGAUAGUUGGCCAGCAUGUUCCCCUGAGUGGCGGCUCCUUUGCCUUAGUGCAGCGGCGGCCCCUGGGGGUGGUGGGGGGCAUUGGGGCGUGGAACUUCCCUAUGCAGACCUGUGUGUGGAAAGUGGCUCCAGCGCUGGCCUGUGGGAAUACCUUCGUGUACAAGCCCUCGCAGUUCACCCCAGUGACCGCCGUGACGCUGGGGGAGGUGCUCACCAGUGCUGGGGUGAUGGACGGGGUGUUCAAUGUGGUGCAGGGUGAGGGGGAGACGGGGGAGUACCUGUGCCAUCACCCUGACGUGGCCAAACUCUCCUUCACUGGCUCUGUUCCCACCGGCAGCAAGGUGAUGGCAGCUGCGGCGGGGGGCAUCAAGGCAGUGACGCUGGAGUUAGGGGGCAAAUCUCCACUCAUUGUGUUUGAGGACGCACACUUGGAGAAUGCUAUCAAGGCGACCCUCAUUGCCAACUUUCUCUCCCAAGGCCAGGUCUGCUCAAACGGCACCAGGGUAUUCGUUCACCGCAGCAUUGCCAAGACCUUCAUUGAACGCCUUGUCUCCGCUACCAAGGCCCUGAAGAUUGGUGACCCCAUGGCUGACUGCACCACUGUCGGGGCCACCAUUCAUGAGGGCCACGCCAGGAAGGUGCUUGGUUACCUCGAGUCUGCCAGGGAGGAGGGGGCAGUGGUGGCGUGUGGGGGGGAGCGAGUGGUGCUGGGGGGCGACCUGGCAGGGGGCUGGUACCUCUCCCCGGCUGUCCUCACCAAUUGUCGCGAUGAUAUGAAGGUGGUGAAGGAGGAGGUGUUUGGCAGUGUGGCAGCCAUCCUUGAGUUUGAGACAGAGGAGGAGGUGGUGAGGAGAGCGAAUGACACACUGUUUGGCCUGGCUGGGGCUGUGUUUACUAGGGACCUGAACCGCGCACACCGGGUUGCCGAGGGGGUGGAGGCAGGCACAGUGUGGAUCAACAACUACAACCUGUACCCGACUGAGGUGCCGUUUGGAGGGUACAAGCAGAGUGGAGUGGGGCGGGAGAAUGGUACAGCAGUGGUGGAUGCCUUCACGCAGACUCGCACCAUUUACGUGGAGCUGGGCGAUGUGGAUGCCGGCCCGCUCUAUGUGGAGUGAAAGGAAA